AUGGUGGAAAUAAUAUCAAGUCGACAAAUCACUCUCUGGUUCGUGGCAUUCAUCACAUUUAUAGGAAUUACUGAAAGUUUAAAAUGUUGGCAUUGUGUGGCUGAUAAUUGUGAAGAAGAUCCACAAAAUAAUUACAAAGCUAGUCAAAAGACAUGUCUCGAGGGUCAAAUUUGUCAGAAAGUGUAUUUUGAGAUGUAUAGUACAGAAGAUGACGUGAAAUACAAGUCACUGGUCAGAAGUUGUGCCGAGGAUUGUUCCAGCAGUAAUGACUUCUAUAAUUGCUCAAAUGAUUUAUAUACCACGCGUGGCUGUAUUAAACGAUCAUGUUGUGACGACGAAGACUUGUGUAACAAUUCACAUAAAAAUUUUACUGCGUUCACAAUACAACUAAUCAUCGUGGUCUGUGGAAUAUUGAUGUUCUUCGGUAAUUGA